UCUGACAGGACACGGUCGGAAGGGGUCUCUCGGCGCGGAGCUGAGCGCUUGGAGCUGGGGUGCGGGCACUAGAACAACGGCUCUCUGCACCGACUCUUCCCGCCUCAUCAGCGGGGACCCUGCUUCAGAGCCCGGCAACUCGCUGCCGUCGCCCGUGCAACCCGGGGGCCCUUUGUCUCCCCUGCACGUGCCGCGCCCCGCGCGCCCCGUCUGGUCUCAGAGAUGAGCGAGCUUAACACCAAAACAUCCCCAGCAACCAACCAGGCACCUGGCCCUGAGGAAAAGGGGAAAGCUGGCAGUGCCAAGAAGACUGAGGAUGAGGAGGAGGAGAUUGACAUUGAUCUGACGGCACCUGAAACAGAGAAGGCUGCCCUUGCUAUUCAGGGCAAGUUCCGGCGAUUCCAGAAAAGGAAAAAGGACCCCAGCUCCUGAAUAACCAGCCUUGCCCUCUCCUUGCGCUCUGCUCCCUUCCCUCUCCUUUUCCACAGCUCUGACUCCGUGUGUCUUUGUCUCUUUGUUCCUCUAGCCUCUCACAGAGGCAAGUUCAACCCUUAUACAUUAUUUAUUCCAGCCCGUCAAGCUGUUGUUGUUGUAGAGGCACAAGGAACAUGGGCAAGAUGAAGAAUUUAGUAGGCAGCCACUUGUCUAAGGGUGGACCAUUUUCUCCUGGAGAUACAGCCAGUAUCUUGAUCACUACCUAUGCCUUCCCUACAAGGUUGAAGAGCAAGAGGAUUUCAGGUUGAGAGAGAGCCCUGAUAAUGUGGGAGGGAGGGGAAUGCCUUCAGAGUAGGGUGCCCAAUGGCGGGGCAUAUACACUGUUCCACUGGUUACAAACGUUUCACUUCAGUUAAUGUCUUUUCCCCUUCAUUCACAUCCUUCUCAUCAGCACCUCAACUCCUCUCCUAUGCGCUAAGCCACAGUGGGAACUGGAGCCUCCCUUUCCCCUAGGCAGACCUAAAUCAGGCUGUUCCCAUGUUAGUGCAUGCUGAGUAGAUUAGUUCCAAGGAUGGGAGACUGGGACAAGGAACAAUUUCCUUCAUCAUGUUAGUCGAGAACCGUAAGGGGCAGACGUGGAAGAGGUCCCAGGGGCCACAGGCAGGGAAAUCGGAAGAUUCGGGAAGGAAAGAAAAAUGAAGGAGGAGGAGAUCCCUAAAGAUACAAGUUACCGCUUGUGUACUAUGUAAAGGAUUCUUGGGUCUUUGCUAACCUGCCUACCUUUAACCCCUCACGUCUAGAUACUCUCAGAGGCCACACAAAUCAAGUGACCCCUAUAGUUCCCACCUGCCUCAUGGUGGAGUCAGAGCAGAGUUGGAAUAACCAUUCUAUGUGAUUUUAGCAUGUGUAAUAAUUAUGAAAACAAUAAAAAAAAACCCUCAAGU